AUGAACAUCAUCAUUGCCGGCGCCGGCCUCGCCGGCUUAACGGCCAGCAUCGCACUCGCCAGCAAAGGCCACACCGUGACGGUAUAUGAGCGGCGCGACGAUGACGACCUGGGCAUCAGCGCCAGCGGCAUCCAGCUGCAACCCAACGCGGUGCGCGUGCUGCGGCGCUUCGACAUGAUGGACUCCAUUGAUAGCGUGACCGUCAGCAAUGGACACACGGACCUGCGCGACUUCCGCACGGGCGAGACGCUUGCGCUCGUGGAUAUGGAGCGACGGGGUGGCGUGAGGUAUGCGGUGCGGCGGGAGAUGAAGCGUGCGUUCAUCAAAGAGGCGGAGAAAAGGGGGGUGGUGCUGCAUAAGGGCGUUGGCGUAGAGUCUGUGGGUGAGGAGGCGUCCAAGGCUGUCGUGCAGCUGAGCGACGGCUCGAGCGUCUCGGCUGACCUCGUGGUCGGCGCGGACGGCACGUGGUCUCGCGUGCGGAAGUCGUUGUUCCCGUCGUACCAACCCUCCAUAUUGUCGACGGUUGUGUUCCAGGUGCAGGUCCCAGACGAUUACAUCCGCCAACACCCGGAGACACAGGCGGUAGAUCGUAACAACCCGGCCAUCUGCCUCUGGGGCGCGCCAGGUCGGGUCAGUGUCACUGGUGCUGGACCAGCUAAGGGUCCUUUCGACCUCCAAAUGAUCGAUGUCGAUUACCCGAUCAGUAAAGAUCCGAAUCCUAACAUUCGCCUGGGUUGGGUUCAGGACAUGUCAUGGCUCCGAGAGCGAUUUGCUGACCAUGUACCUGGUUUUGGGAUGAUUCUGGAUAGAGCUGAGAGGUAUUACAAGUGGCGACUGGUCGAAGUGUCUGGGUUGCCGUCAUGGUCGAGUAAAGGUGGCAAAGUUGUACUCAUCGGCGAUGCAUCCCACGCCAUGACUCCUUACGCUGGACAAGGUUCAGCAAUGGGCAUCGAAGACGCGGCAGUCAUCGCCGAGCUACUUGCUGAUGCGAAGCCCGGGGAUGAUCUCCGAAGUCGCUGGGAGCUUUAUGAGAAGCUUCGCCGCCCACGCUGCGAGGCUGCACAGAAAUAUGCCGCCAUGAUUGGUAGGUCCUGGGCCGCCAGAAGCGACAAGAUGAUCGCCAAGGUCCGACAAGGUCUCCUCAUGACCAACGAUCCCGCGUAUCUCAGUAUCAAGCCGGACAAGAACGCGCCAUUCCACACGGCUCCGUUUGAGAAGUGGUUGGAUCUGUACGAUGCUUCCGCUGAGGUCGAGAAGGCGCUCAAUGGCACCGAUGCCGUUCAAGCACGUCUGUGA